UAAGCAAAUAGGAAACACAAAUUUCUCUCGGUUUUUAAACUGACCAUUAUCUACUAUAGUAGGAUACAGUGUAUUUUGAUACUUCAUCAUUAUUUCUAUUUUGUAUCUCUCUUUUAUUAUAUUUUGUUGUCAUAGUUGCUCUUUUGUUGUUGCUGCAAUGGAAGCUUACUCAGAUCUGUUGCCGCCGGCGGUGACUCCGCCGGCCGUUCAAGUGUUUGACUCCGGCGUUGACCAUGCUGCUCAAUUUAACAACAACCCCCCUUAUGAAGAGAUGAUUACAACAGCAAUCAUAGCCUUGAAAGAGAAGGAUGGCUCCAGUAGACAGGCUAUUGAUAAGUAUCUGGAAAACGUUUAUAAAAAUUUGCCACCGAAUCAUGGUACCUUUUUGACUCAGCAACUGAAGAAGAUGAAGAACGAAGGGAAGCUUGUCAUGAAUAAGCAUUCUUAUAUGCUUCCUGGAGUUCAAUUUGUUGAUGAGAAUGUUGGUCAAGUUUCAGUGGGGUUGAAGAGGAGGCCUGGUAGGCCCCCGAAGGUUCAGACAAAUGGCAGUGGCGGGGCUGUUAAUUUGGAGGCUCCACCGGCUUCUGUGGGGGUUAUGGGGGAUUCUGGGCUUGUGGGAGGUGCUGCUCCUUUUGAUCCAAUUGAAGCAGUGCCGAAUGUGGUGCCCAUUGGUGAGGUUGAUGCAGGGACGGUGGUUAAGAGGAGGGGAAGACCACCCAAGGUUCAGGCUAUGAUGGUUGAAGGUGAGCCCCCUGUGGUAGUUGAGCCGGUUGUAGGAGCAACACCAAUUCCAGUUGGUAGGAGGCCGGGGAGGCCACCGAAGGUUAGUUAUGGGAUGGUUGGAGUUGUAAAUGGGGGCUCGAUAUUGGGAAAGAGAGGAAGGGGGCGUCCCGUCAAGAACCUUGGUGUGGGAUCUGGUUUGGUGGGAUAUGUGGGUGGUGCGAAGAGGGGACGUGGAAGGCCACCAAAGUUCAGAGGAGUUGGGCUGGUCAUGGGACAGAGACCAAGAGGGCGACCAAGGAAGGGUACUGUUGCUAGGCCUAGGGGUAGGCCACGAAAGAGUGUGCCAGUUAAUGGUGUUGGUGCAUCAUUCUCUCCUGUUGACGGGAUGGGAGAAACUGGAAGACCUUCUAAAAUGGCCGUGAGAAGGAACCCAAGAAAACUCAGCGGAAAACCUUUAGGCAGGCCAAAGAAGGAUGCUUCAGCUCAAGGACCAGGAGUUCAAGCAGCAAUUCAGCAGUCAAGAUCCUUGCAAGACUUAGCAGCAAGAGUUGAGCAUUUUCAAUCCAGGAUUAAGCAAUCAGUGGGUGUUGUUAAGUCAUAUCUAGACAUUGAAGUUGCACCUAUUGCUGUUCGUGUGCUAGAAGAGCUAGAAGUGAUGGCUUCCAGUGAUUUGAAUGUUGAACUAGGUGCACCAAAUGCUGAAAAUACAGGAGUAGCAGGCGCAGGUGCUGCACCAUCAAGUGACCAAGGUGGCCAGGAAAGUGCCCCAGUUGCACCAUUGCCUGUUUAACAAUCGGAACCUCCAUAUCUUAAUUAAGGGCAUCUUUUGACUGUCAUGAUAUAUUUAUGAUAUUCAAAAUGUUUGAUUUGAUGUUUGUAGAGAUAGUUAAGGAAGUAGGGCAGAGGAGGAGAGAUCGUUGCAAAAUUUGACAACUUUCAGAUGGAUGGAAAAUCUGUUGUAGUUGUAACUUAUCACAACUUGUCAGUCAGUAUUGAUUUCAAAUAAGAUCUGAAGGCAAUUUAAUGUCUUCAAAACGAUAAAUCUUUA